GGGAAGGAGAAACUGAAGUGUAGUUGAGCUGUCGUGUGUUGUGUGUCUCCGUAUUUAAGCAGUAAAAUGGCAGAAUUCAGAAUUUCUCAGGAUGAAUUCAUGUGUCCAGUGUGUCUGGAUCUCCUGAAGGAUCCAGUGACCAUCCAGUGUGGACACAGUUACUGUAAGAGCUGUAUUGAAGGCAGCUGGGAUCAGGAGGAUCAGAAGAAAGUCUACAGCUGCCCUCAGUGCAGACAGACCUUCAGUCCAAGACCUGCUUUAGCUGGAAACACUGUGCUGGCUGAACUGGUGAAUAAACUCAAGAAGACCAAACUUGCUGCUGACUGUGAUGCUGGAGCUGGAGAUGUGCAGUGUGACGUCUGUACUGGAAGAAAAUACAAAGCUGUCAAGUCCUGUCUGAUGUGUCAGGAAUCUUACUGUCAAACUCAUUUUGACCAUCAUCAGGAAAUUCAUUUGCGUAAGACACACAAAGUGAUUGAAGCCACUGGACGACUGCAGGAGAUGAUCUGCCAGAUACAUGAGAAACAUCUGGAAAUGUACUGUAUUACUGACCAACAAUGCAUUUGUGAGCUGUGUACAAAAUAUGAGCAUAAAAACCACAACACUGUAUCAGCCGCAGCACAGAGGACAGAGAAACAGAAGCAGCUGAAGGAGACGCAGAAGACGCUCCAGCAGAGAAUCCAGCAGAGAGAGAAAGAUCUCCAGCAGCUGAGAGAGACUGUGGAGUCUCAUAAGGUGAGUCUGGAG